UUCCAAGAAUGGUGAUGUAGAUGCUCAUCCCCACUGGGCGAGAUGAAGGAAUGUUCAGUAGAAUGUUCAGUCGAAAGCAAUCUUACCUGAAUUGUUGAUUGCAAAGCUAUUCUGGUGUAUCAAUUGCUGUUGGCUCUACCCGUUUCCUUUCCCAAACCUGACUAGUAGUUGCUUGGUUGAAGACUGUCAUUCAAGAUGAUGCAGAGGCCGUUCCGUCCGGAGGAGUACUCCUUGAAGGAGACGACUCCUCACCUUGGUGGGACAGCUAUGGGUGACAAGCACACCACCACAUAUGACCUGGUUGAGCAGAUGCAGUACCUUUAUGUUCGAGUGGUGAAAGCAAAGGAACUUCCAAGCAAGGACAUCACUGGAAGCUGUGACCCAUAUGUGGAGGUGAAGCUUGGGAAUUAUAAGGGCACAACUCGGCACUUCGAGAAGAAGUCCAAUCCUGAGUGGAACCAGGUGUUCGCCUUCUCAAAGGAGCGCAUUCAGGCAUCAGUAGUGGAGAUCAUUGUCAAGGAUAAAGACUUUGUUAAGGAUGACUACAUUGGACGGGUUCUGUUUGACCUGAAUGAGGUCCCAAAGCGAGUGCCGCCUGACAGCCCGUUGGCUCCACAGUGGUAUCGUUUGGAAGAGCGGAAUGGGCACAAGGUGAAGGGAGAGUUGAUGUUGGCUGUUUGGAUGGGUACUCAAGCAGAUGAAGCAUUUCCUGAAGCAUGGCACUCUGAUGCAGCGUCAAUCCCUGGUGAUGGCCUCGCAAGCAUCAGAUCGAAAGUUUAUCUUACUCCAAAGCUUUGGUAUCUGCGUGUGAAUGUGAUUGAAGCACAAGAUCUUAUACCAAAUGAUAAGACCAGGUUCCCUGAGGUUUAUGUCAAAGCAAUGCUAGGAAACCAAGCUCUUAGAACCCGGGUAUCACCGAGCAGGACUCUGAACCCAAUGUGGAAUGAGGACUUGAUGUUUGUUGCAGCUGAGCCAUUCGAGGAGCACCUGAUUUUGAGUGUAGAAGACAGGAUUGCCCCAGGGAAGGAUGAUGUAAUUGGGAGAACUGUCAUUUCGCUGCAGCAUGUACCUCGGAGGAUGGAUUACAAGAUGCUGAAUAGCCAAUGGUAUAAUCUUGAGAAACAUAUUAUUGUGGAUGGCGAGCAGAAGAAGGAGACCAAGUUCUCAAGCAGGAUCCAUUUAAGAGUUUGUCUUGAAGGUGGAUAUCAUGUCUUGGAUGAAUCGACACAUUACAGCAGUGAUCUAAGGCCAACUGCAAAACAGCUGUGGAAGCAGAACAUUGGGGUCCUUGAACUGGGUAUCUUGACAGCGCAGGGCCUGUUACCUAUGAAGACAAAAGAUGGGCGUGGUACAACUGACCCUUACUGUGUUGCCAAGUAUGGGCAGAAAUGGGUACGCACAAGGACUAUCAUUGAUAGUUUCACUCCCAAGUGGAAUGAACAAUACACUUGGGAGGUGCACGAUCCAUGCACCGUGAUCACUAUUGGAGUAUUUGACAAUUGCCACUUGAAUGGUGGGGAAAAGGCUAAUGGUGCCCGGGAUACCAGAAUUGGGAAGGUCCGCAUCCGCCUCUCAACGUUAGAAACUGAUCGAGUGUAUACUCACUCAUACCCUCUGAUUGUCUUGACACCUGGUGGCGUUAAGAAAAUGGGUGAGGUACAGCUUGCUGUCCGGUUCACAUGCUCAUCACUGAUCAACAUGAUGCAUCUGUAUUCACAGCCCUUGCUGCCCAAGAUGCACUACAUACACCCAUUGUCCGUGAUUCAGGUCGACAACCUAAGGCGCCAAGCCACCAACAUUGUCUCAACAAGGCUGAGCCGUGCAGAACCGCCUCUGCGGAAAGAAAUUGUGGAGUACAUGCUGGAUGUGGAUUCUCACAUGUGGAGCAUGAGAAAGAGCAAGGCAAACUUCUUCCGUAUCAUGGGUGUGUUGAGCCCUCUGAUUGCGGUGGCUAGAUGGUUCGAUCAGAUCUGCCACUGGAGGAAUCCACUGACGACUAUACUGAUCCACAUCCUCUUUGUGAUCUUGGUCUUAUAUCCUGAGCUGAUACUGCCUACAAUCUUUCUCUACCUGUUCCUGAUUGGAGUGUGGUAUUACCGGUGGCGUCCGAGGCAGCCUCCGCACAUGGACACUCGCCUCUCACAUGCGGAGACCGCCCAUCCUGAUGAGCUUGAUGAAGAGUUUGAUACCUUCCCUACAUGUCGUGCACCCGACAUAGUAAGGAUGCGGUAUGACCGCCUCAGGAGCGUCGCUGGGAGGAUCCAGACUGUUGUUGGUGAUCUCGCAACACAGGGAGAAAGGCUGCAGUCUCUGCUGAGCUGGAGAGACCCGAGAGCCACAGCACUGUUUGUGACCUUCUGCUUCAUUGCUGCAAUCGUCCUGUACGUCACACCGUUCCGUGUCGUGGUGUUCCUUGCAGGCCUGUACACCCUGAGACACCCAAGGUUCCGCCACAGGAUGCCGUCUGUCCCUCUGAACUUCUUCAGGAGACUGCCAGCGAGGACUGAUAGCAUGCUGUAAGGUGCAGCCGUAUCUUUGCUCUGCGGUCUGAUGCCUUCUUCAUUUCGGUGCAUCUAUGCUGAGCAUGUACUUGUUGCAGCUCGGAUGACGAUGAGCUCGAAGCUCAUCUGCCCCUCAAAAAGAUGAACUGCUACCUAUGUCGUUUUUCGUAGUUAU